AUGGAAAGGAGAGACAUCUAUAGAGUAACAGAAAAAUUCAACAAAGCACAAUGGAGAGAAUUCUCUCGAGUAAAACUUGGCUUGGAUGAGAAUAAGAUGGCUGAACUUGAAGAUAGGUGGGGAACCGAUUUCCUAGAGCGUAAGUUCAAGUCGGUUAUGGCAUGGCAGGAUCAAAAUGAUAGCAGUGGAAACUUACUACAAGCAUUGAUUACUUUAAAGCAUAAAUUUUUUUGUGGUGAGCAAGAAGGGGCGAAUCAAUCAAUAGCUGAAAAUCCAGGACGAAUAGUGCAACCAGCUGCUGAUACUGACAACUUGCAAGCCCGUGGAUACGAAAGAUGCUUGGACUUCGAGAGUUAUAAAGUCACAGCAAAAAAAGGUCUCGUUCUGAUCAUAAGCAAUUCGUUUACCGGUACUUCAUUUGAUGAACAACAUCAUAGAACACCCGCUUGUCAUAAAGAUGUGGAACUUAUGGAGGAACUGUGGAGAGAUACCAUAGGAUGCACACUGCUAGAAGGAAGAUCUCAUCGAGACAAAAGUGCUGCUGAAAUGAGAGAUCUGCUCAGGAAGCUUGGUAGCUCGCGAGGGUACGAUUAUGUGGUGGUAGUGAUAAGUACUCAUGGAGGAAUGAGAAAAGUAUCUGAAGAAGGUCAAACUGAGAGCUACCAAGAAGUUCUGUGGGGAAACGAUGAUAACCCUAUCAAGGUGGAUGAAAUACAAAAAUUGUUUGACAACAAUGCUGCUCAAAACUUGCAAGAUAUACCCAAGCUUUUCAUCCUUCAAUACUGCCGAGGAGAAGAAAUUAAUCGAGGCGUGUUGAGGGGAAGUAACGUUACUCCUGAUGCUGUUCCUAAUCUAAGGCCAAUAGAUCCACUGAUGCCCACAACAAGUGACGUCGUCACAGCUUAUCCAGCGCUUGCAAACCAAAAGUCGUUUAAGGAUGAAAAUGGAUCUUGGUUUAUUCAGUCCAUUUUCAAUGUCUUUAUGGAUUACUACCGCCUGAGGCAUGUCACAGAUAUGCUCACAAAAGUUAAUCGUGAAAUGAUGAAUAGGAGAGGUGUAGUAGAUAUGAAUGACUGCAAGUCAAUGAGCAUCUACGAGUCCAGUCUCACUAAAGAUUUUUACUUGGUAAAACCAUCAAUUCAUGGUGGCCUGGCUAAACCAGUGGAGUCCAAGGCUGAGGGCAAAAAAAGACCAAGACACCACUGA